AUGCCUGCGUAUCCGCGAUUGUCACCGGGACCUCCGGCAGAUACGGUGUCGAUACCGGAAGUCACGGCGCAUCCGAUCGAUUCUCAGACACCUAGCUUUCUCAACCUCUCCGGUGAGGCACGUAACAUAGUCUACGAGCUGCUCUUCGAAUUUGAGCAGCCGAUAGCACUCUCUGUCCCGCCAUCUGCGCAUGCAUCUCAGAAUUCUGUACCUCCAGUAGCGCUACUUUCGACAUGCCGGCAAAUCUAUCAUGAAGCUGUCGGCAUCUUGUACACCCGCAACCGUUUCCUUGCCGCGACCGCAUCGGGUUCCACAUGGUUAUCUGCUCUGAACCACACAACUAGUUGGCUUUUGGGACUGGGAUCACAAGCAAGGCAUCUUCGCCACCUAACCGUACACGUCGUUCACCGCGGUCGCGACCUGAACGAGCUGCAAUCGUUUCAUCCGGUUACCACAUCAAACGCACGGCUUUUCGAGGUCCUACCCCUGCUGCGCGGGCUCUGGGAACUGCGCUUGGACCGAUGUCACAUCAAAUACGCUCUUGCGCACCGGCAUUAUGCCAGUGAUCUCGAUGUAGACCGGUCAGACGCGCUUUGUGCAGCAGACGCCGCCUUUGCUGCUAUUGCCUAUGGACCGGUCGCUCUGACUACACCACGAAAGCUGCUCGCUAGCGUCCAAAUUUCUUCAUCCGGCACUUGCCUUCUUCGAUUCAAGAGCUCAACAGAAGGGCUCGUGAGCUCCAUCGAGUGUCUUACGCCAACAGGUGCAUGUCCCAUGUCCAUGGAAUGCCUCCCUGCGGAGCUUCAUCCUCACCCUCAUCUCGUCAGACAGCCAGCAAAGAAGAGCCAGGCGAGAUUGGCGGGUCUUCCCUUCAGCGUACAAGGUCGCAUCGUCUCGGCGUACAUGGCGGCUGCGAAAGAGCCGUCUUCGGCAAUCGAAGUAGACCUUGGUAUGCGCCGGAUACGUGGUCUCGAGCACCUACACGCCUUGCUCGCUCUGAAUCGCUCCUUUCGGCUGAAGGCGCUAUCCUCCAUCACAAUGCUGGCCGAGCCAGUAACGGUGCGCCUUCCGAUGAAUACCAUCUCUAAGGACAAGUCGGGUUUCUGGGACCUCCUUCGCUAUGUACGCGAAGAUGCCGGAGGUCCAGAUCGCUUCGACUGUUUGCACUGGGCAUUGUUACGUAACAGGCAUCUGAGCAUUUCUGUUACCUUUCAGCUUACCCCUACGACGACCCUGCGCAACGUCGAAAUGGAUGUGCAUGGCUUACUCCAGAUCGAGAUGCGUCGCGAGUGGUCGUGGCCUGUUGACUUUCCUCGUCCCGAUAUCCCCAUCCGUGUGCAACUUGUGCAUCCACCUGGUAAACACUCCGGCCUCCAGACACUUCACACACGUCAAUUUCUCCUUGGCCAGUUGAAUCAGAGAAUACUGUUGCUUCUGCGCGACGCCAUCCAGACAUCGACAAUUCAUUAUCGCCACGGGAUCAAAGUCAGCACCGAUGACCACGGAUCAACUCCGCCUGUCAAUCUCGCAAUAUCGGAAUACUGCAAGAAGUUUGGGGUAACGGCGCCCGACUGGCUUCUCACGACAGGCGAUCUGAUCUUCUGGAUGGACGGAUUCGGCGAGCCUUUGCGUGCAGACUUUGCUACCUCUUCUGGUGAUGUUGGGUUCUCGGUGCCCUACUCGCAUCCCGGACUAGCCCACAAGGCGCUGCGCGACCAGGUAGAUCGCCACUUGGACGAGGAGUGCAGUCACCUUUCCAUAGAUCAUCAAGAGGGCGUGCACGCAGGUCUCUACAAGGUGUAUCACGCACAGGCCCAAUGGCAAGCCUCGUCAUUGUCAAUUCACUCCAUCGCUGACACAGGUACGAAAGAUCUCAUGGAUCUGGCUGGCCAUGACCCUUUCGCGGCCGCUACGAGCAUCCGUUCCAUGCAGACAAUGGAGCCAACGAAACCUUCCACCAGUCCGCAAACCGACACUGAAGACUUCGAUGACAUCGCAGCAGCGAUCAGUCUGAUGAUGAUGCAGACUGCCGACUCGGCCAAAGACAAGUUCUCCUUGGACAACGAUCACUCCGGUACCCUUGAAGCUCCCGAAAUUCCCUCCAUACGGGUGACAGAACGAAACAAGAAUGACAUAUCGUUGGAGACAAAAGACUUUGGUAGUUUUAUCGCAGCUACCACAACAAGGAGAGCGCUCCCAAUUCGCAUCCCUUCCAUAUUCACCAGUCAUCGCGUUGCUGCUGGCUCUCCCACUCUCAGCUUUGCGCAACAAUCCACUGUGGUUGAUGAACAGCUGCCACUGGCCUGGCUCCAAGACAUGUCCAACGGCCCUGAGUUCGGUGGCGGCGAUGUGACCAAUUGGGAUGACCCCACACCGGAAUGCUUUUCCGCACUGCCGCCUUUACUGGAGCGGACUCCAAUGUUGCCAACGCAAGCGGCUAUGAACUCAACUCACGACAUAUGUCUUCCAUUGGACAACGCCACUUCCAUAAGCCUGUGGCUCGACGAUAUCAGCAGUGGGUUCACACCUGAGUCCUUGAGUUCUUCUCUACCAUCACCGGAGGAGCGCGCAGCCCCAUGUUCGAGCCGAGAGUACGACUCGUCAGGGCUAUCUCAAUUCUGCGAAUUGCCUACGGUUCCACCGAAGAAGCGCAAGCGCUCGUCCUCUGUCUUAUCAGAUCAGUUCGCCUAUCCCGAUAUGGCAAACGAUAUGCAUGCGAUAGAGAGCCUAUGGGAGGGCCCAACAUGCGUGGAGCAGGCCGACGACGACAACCACCCUGUGAACGAAGCCUCCUUGAACCAUGCGACAGGUACGGUGCUGUUCGUAUCAAAAAGCCAGCUUCAGCUUGGGAGCGACAGCUGCUACACAUCGGCUAAGUGA